GAUUGCUCACACUCCAUCCAUGACUGCGGAAUCUCGCCGUGUCUUCUGAAGUGCUAGGGGGAGGCCGACACCACGGACUAUCUACAAACCUGCAAAAGAUGCAAAAGUAAAGUUAUUUUGCGAAGCAAGCCAAACUGUACAAAGUACGGCGAUCGAGUGAAUUCGCAGAUAAAAGCGUUUUGGCUUUAGUUUUGGACUUUGAGUAUAUUUUCGACAGAAGUAGCGAUAGAGGUAAAAGUUUUUUUUCUUCUACCCUCUUUUCGCAUGUGCACAAACAAAAACCACACGGGUGGGAUUUUCAGAAGAAAACCAGACCAACUCGGUGGAAAAUUCGUUUGUUGAUAUAGCAGGUCUUUAACGUUAUGUUACUUGGACGAAAUCUUAACGCGAUCUACAGGACGGGCACGCGCCUCCAUUGAGUAUUUUCACUGAUUUCAAACGAAUUUUCGGCAAGUCGGAAAAACCCAGUAAAUUCUGUGUGGUUUAUUUAAGACCUUCUAAAACCAAAGAGUCACAAAAAAAAAAAAAAAAGACGACAGAGGGACAAAUGUGGAGUUUCGUCUUGUGACUAACCAUUAGGAACGAGUUUUAUAAGAACUUCUGCUAAAUCUAAUCUGGGAUUGACUCUUUUCAGAAAGGAAAAGCUCGCUUUUGGCAACACUCUGUGGACAUCUCAUCUGGACACUGAAGCUCACACAUGCCCAUACAUUCAACAACACUUCCAGCUUCAGCCACUGGGGGCAGUGGUUUGAAUUUCAUGCUGAUGUCCUAGCUGUGUUUAUGGAGAACUGGGCUGGGUGCAGAGUUCAGAUGUAGAGGACCCUUUAUGAUGAUGAUGAUGAUGAUGAUGAAGACUAUGCUGCUGUUGAUAUCAGUACUCCUAACUCAGGCUCUUCAGUCCCAGGGAAGACCUGCCACCCAAGAUGAGGCAGUAGCCCAGGUUGAGCCCACACAGUUCACUUUGUAUCCAGGGGAAAAACUGGAGCUGAGCUGUAAAGGAAAAGAGGAGACACAGGAAGUGACCUGGACUAAGGACAAUGUUCCAUUGGUUGAUGGAGAACAUACACAACUACGGAAUGAUCAUCUGGAGAUCGAGACUGUGGAACCGGCGGACUCUGGCGUGUAUGCUUGCUUUGCUCAGGGACCCAACAGCAACCACACAGAUUACUUCAAUGUCAAUGUUACAGAUGUAUUGGCUUCCUCAGAAGAUGAUGAUGAUGAAGAAUCUUCCUCAGAGGAGGCCAAGCUAUCAAGUAGCCAGAAACUGCUUCCGAUGGCUCCAGUCUGGGCUCAACCUGAUAAGAUGGAGAAGAAGCUCCAUGCGGUUCCAGCUAGCAAAACUGUCAAGUUCCGUUGCCAAGCGAAUGGUAACCCUAACCCAACCCUCAAGUGGCUCAAGAACGGCAAAGAGUUCAAGAGAGACCAGCGAAUAGGAGGAUUCAAGGUUCGAGAGCACAUGUGGACCAUCAUAAUGGAGUCAGUAGUGCCUUCAGACAAAGGCAACUACACCUGUCUGGUGGAGAACAAAUACGGGAGCAUCAAUCACACCUACCAACUGGACGUAGUCGAGCGUUCACCACACAGGCCAAUCCUUCAGGCUGGGUUGCCUGCUAACCGUACAGCAGUGGUGGGAAGUGACGUGGAGUUUGAGUGUAAAGUCUUCAGUGAUCCUCAGCCUCAUAUCCAGUGGCUAAAACACAUUGAGGUGAACAGCAGUAGAGUGGGCCCUGAUGGACUGCCUUACGUUCGGAUCUUGAAGCAUUCUGGGGUCAACAGCUCGGACACACAGGUUUUGACGCUGUACAACGUGACCGAAGAAGAAAGUGGGGAAUAUAUAUGUAAAGUGUCCAAUUAUAUAGGCCAAGCCAACCAAUCAGCAUGGCUCACCGUCAUUAAACACCCCUACCAAGCUGUUCCCCCGACUCAGCUGCCCAACCAGACGUACUUGGAGGUGCUGAUCUACUGCGUGGGCUUCUUCCUCAUCUGUGUGAUGGUGGUGACCGCCGUACUGGCCAAAAUGCACAGCUCGGCCAAAAAGAGCGACUUCAACAGCCAGCUGGCCGUCCACAAGCUGGCCAAGAGCAUCCCACUGCGCAGACAGGUAACAGUGUCAUUGGACUCCAGCUCUUCAAUGCACUCAGGGGGAAAGCUGGUCCGCACCUCCCGUCUCUCCUCCAGUGGCUCCCCUAUGCUCUCAGGGGUCUCUGAAUAUGAACUGCCCCAGGACCCUCGCUGGGAGGUACCCAGAGACAGGCUUGUUCUUGGGAAGCCACUUGGAGAAGGUUGCUUUGGGCAGGUGGUGAUGGCCGAGGCUGUGGGCAUGGACAAAGACAAACCCAGUCGUGUCACCAAGGUUGCUGUCAAGAUGCUCAAAUCCGACGCCACAGAGAAGGACCUGUCAGACCUCAUCUCAGAGAUGGAAAUGAUGAAGAUUAUUGGCAAACACAAGAACAUCAUCAACUUGCUGGGAGCCUGCACACAAGAUGGUCCACUCUACGUCAUUGUAGAGUUUGCAGCAAAGGGUAAUCUACGAGAAUACCUACGUGUACGUCGUCCUCCCGGAAUGGAGUACUGCUACAACCCUGACCAGGUGCCUGUGGAGAACAUGUCAUUCAAAGAUCUUGUCUCCUGCGCCUACCAGGUGGCACGUGGCAUGGAAUACCUGGCAUCCAAGAAGUGUAUUCAUCGAGACUUGGCUGCCCGUAAUGUCCUAGUAACUGAAGAAAACGUUAUGAAGAUAGCAGACUUUGGCCUUGCCAGAGACAUCCAUCAUAUUGAUUACUACAAGAAGACCACCAAUGGUCGUUUACCAGUGAAAUGGAUGGCACCUGAAGCUCUGUUUGACCGCAUUUACACCCACCAGAGUGACGUGUGGUCUUUUGGAGUGUUACUGUGGGAGAUCUUUACUCUUGGUGGCUCACCGUAUCCAGGUGUUCCUGUAGAGGAACUCUUUAAACUGCUUAAGGAUGGCCACCGCAUGGACCGCCCCUCCACAUGUACCCACGAACUGUAUAUGAUGAUGAGAGAUUGUUGGCAUGCUGUUCCAUCUCAAAGACCCACUUUCAAACAGCUGGUAGAAGAUCUAGACCGCACCCUCUCUAUGACGUCCAAUCAGGAGUAUCUGGACCUGUCGGUGUCUCUGGACCAAUUUUCUCCAAAUUUCCCAGACACACGCAGCUCUACCUGCUCCUCUGGUGAAGACUCUGUGUUCUCCCACGACGCUGGUGCUGAUGAACCCUGCCUGCCCAAAUUCCCCCCGCACCCCAACCGCGGAGUGCCGUUUAAAAAGCGCUGAGCUUCCUGAACCUGUUACUCUUUAAUGUGCUACCUGGCUGGACUCAGCCCAUGAACUCUUGGAGAGAUAACGCUUUGCCACAUAGCACACUACAGAGUUGCCAAGAGAUGAACUGCUUGGGAUGGACAUCGCCACUUUACGGCUAUUUUUAUACAACUGGAGGAGAACAAACUGGUCUUUUACUGAGGGCACUUGAGCAAAGAGUAGUAGCGUGUGCAUUUCUGAAGACUUUUCAAUACGAAAUAUCUGAAACAUCCUCCUUUGUCAUGUACAGUAGAUAAAACCUUAAAGAAGUGAUAUCAUUAAGUGUGAUGGACAGUUUUUUUUUUCUGGUGAUGUUUAACAAGGACCUUUCUAUUGUUUCUCAGACCAAAUACUUAAGAAAAUGUAUUCCACUAAGGUCUGCCCAGUUGUAUUUUAACAUCGGGCAAACAGUUUAUCCAACUGACAACUUUUCUUGUAAAUAUAGCUAGAAAUGUAUAAAUAUGAAUAUAUUUACACUCUACCCUUAUUUUUAUUACACUAUUUGAAUUGUGUUGCUUUUUUGUACCAGGGUGCCUAUGUAGAACUUUUUGAAGUGUAGCUUUUUUGAAAGAGACUGUAAAACGUUCAUGAGAAUUGUAGAUGAAAUUAUAUUAUUAAGAGCUGAUAGAUGGCCAGUUUUGUUACUAUAUGUUUUUUUUUUUUUUUUGGUGUGUGUGUGUGUGUAUCAUUGCUGCAGCCUGGCAGAAGUGGCUCAUAACUG